CGCGAUUGAUCUUUUGAACUUCUCAUUGUUGCAGACUCAAAUACACUUUUAUAAUGUCAUGAAUCUGUGAUUACUGAAAACAUAAAUUAGAGGGGCCGUUACAGCGUCCUACAUGGUUAGAAUGCAAGUUGUGUCUUGCUGCUAAUCCUCUCUGCGACUGUGUGGAAAUAGAAACUACAUUCGUGAUCACUGCUCAUGCAAUAUCUCGUUCCCCUGUAACAUAUUCGAAAUGUUCAUUCUUACAACCGUCUCAGAUCUCAUCCAGAUCUCUCCUGAAGACUUCUCCAAGUACAGCGCUGUCGCAAUCGAGGACAAUAUUAACGAAAAGUAUGCAAAUAAAGUCAUUCAAAAAAUUGGCCUUUGCAUUGGAUUCUAUGACUUGUUAGAAUCGUCGGAUGGUUUAAUAGGCCAUGGCACAGGUUUGGUCAACGUAAACGUGAAAUUCCGACUCAUCGUCUUCCGGCCGUUCAAAGGAGAAAUCCUACUAGGCAAGAUCUCCAGUGCUACUCAACAAGGGAUUAAGAUUGGUGUAGAAUUUUUCAAUGAUAUUCUCAUUCCCCCGGAUCUUCUGUUGGACGGCGCUCGAUUUGACAUUGCCGAUCAGGUGUGGGUUUGGGAAAAUGAAGAUGGCUCAACAUUCUACUUCGACAUAGGAGAAAUUGUCCGUUUCAGAGUUGAGAUGGAGGAAUGGCAUGAUCAGAUUCCCAAUGCUCCAGAUCUAGGAGACGGCGCAACCAUUGAACGAAAGCCUCCCUAUUCCAUCAUAGGCUCGAUGCAAAUGGCGGGUUUGGGACCUGUGUCCUGGUGGUGAUGGGAGAAUUGAUUAGUGAGGGUAUUCCCCUGCCUUUUUAUGUUGACUUUAUGUACGCGCGCCGGAUGAUACAAUGGGCUGGAAUUGGAAAUGAUAAAUGAUUCCCAUCAUUGGCGUUGCUAGAAUAGAGGACAGGACAGCAUUGAAUGUAUCACCUCUUGCAUGAUGACC